GAGCAGAAAAUAGAUGAUAUCAUAAUCAAAAGACAGCAUCCUAAAGUCGAAAGGCGUGCUGAAGCUCCAUUUAAAAUGUUUUGUCAAAAUGUUGGUUGCACUCAAGAUCUUGGCGUCUAUCAAAUAUUGGAAGGACGUUUUUUCUACGUAUUUAGCUCAAAGUCUGUUCGUUUUCGAUCAAAAAACGGUGAAAUUCAAAAGAUCAGAAGAUGGAAGGAAAGCCGAGCUGAUUUAGAAAGGAUGGGCGUUCAGGUUUUGCGGGUUAAAGCUUUGUGGCAACAAAUAUCUAAGCAAGCAGCCAAUGAAAAUGGAACCCAGUCCACUGUCAAUGAAAUGGUAUAUUGUGACGUAACAAGAACAUCAGAUGACCAGUUAAACAAACUCGUUGCAGACCAACCAAGAGAAUAUCAAAAAGAGUUAUUUCGAAAAGCAAUGUUAAGCAACGCCAUCUUAUAUCUUCCAACAGGUUCUGGUAAGACACUAGUGGCUGCAAUGGUUAUUAAUGCAAUGUUAAAGCUCAAUCCUGGAAAAAUGACGGCAUUUCUAGUUCAUAGAAUACCUCUUGUUUAUCAACAGAGUGAUUACAUCAAAAGGCAGAAUCCAAAGUUAAGAGUGGAAAUUUUAGCGGGUGAUUUGGCACGUUUUCCAGGCGAUCGAGAGCACUGGGAACUAGUAAUUAAAAAUAUUGCCAAAAAAAGCAUCGAUGUGUUAGUCAUUACGGCACAAAUUUUUUUCAACUUUCUUAAGGACGAUGAUGCAACGCUCAAGCUAUCUGACGUUUCCUGUAUUGUCUUUGAUGAAGCACACAAUUGCCGGGGCAAUCAUGUAUUUGCGCAGAUUAUGCGACAAUUUUACAAUCCACUGAGAAAUCAACAGAAACCUCUCGUACUUGGCCUUACAGCAUCGCCAGCCGGAGCAGUUUCCAUGGAAGAGACGCGUGAACAGUUAACGCAACUUCUUAGCACACUGCAAGCUCGUUGCAUUAUGCCAACGCUAUCUAAUGACUUGGAAUUACACUGGAAUAAUCCUAGCACCUCUUACAGUUGUCAGCCACGGAAUGCGAUAAAGGAAAACCUUGAAGAAUAUCUUGUAGAAUAUAUUACGUGUUUAUGUCCUAAGAUUGAGAUGCUUUCAGGCAUGCCCGGAGCUUUGGAAAAAAAUACACCUAAAUCCAUUAAUUUCAAAGGCUGUCUAAGAUCAGUUAUUGAUCACUGUCACAGCCGGGAAGAUCGUGUUCGAGGAUUGGCACUAGUGACUCACACAAUGAACGUCUACAGCGUCAUUGAGCUCAAUAGAGUUUUGGGUCCUGGUCAUGCAUUUCAAAUUCUCGAGACAAUUUUUCGAUCUAUUGAUAAUGCCAGUUCACCGAUGGAUUUGAUUGCAAAACGUGUCUUAAAGCUCUUACCAAAUUAUGAAACAUUGAAAACACAGUUGAUGUCAAUGUCUAGAAGUUGUUCUAACAAACCGUCCGGACGCUUUGAAGAACUGCUAAAGAUUGUACGAGAUUUUCUUAAUCGUGUAAAGAAAGAUCCCUCUAGUCGUGCUAUUAUCUUUGUUCACAUGCGCCGCACGUGUUUGAAGCUACAGGAAGAGUUGAAUAAAGACACUGAGAUACGAGAGAAAUUGAAGCCUUUAGCAUGUGUGGGCCAUGGAAAUGGUUUUGAUGGUAUGCAGUGGAAGGGAGAACAAGAAAUUGUUAUUAACAAGUUUCACGCUGGUGAUUGCAAACUAUUGAUAUCAACCAAUGUUCUUGAAGAAGGUUUGGAUGUACCAGCAUGCAAUUUGGUCAUUCGCUAUGACAGUCGUGGUACAAGUCUUCGGGCCCUGGUGCAAAGUCGUGGGCGAGCAGCUCGAAGAGCCGAUAGUAGGUUUGUUAUCAUGUGCAACAAUGAUGAAGAAAAACAGCGUUAUCUUGAUCUUGCUGUGAAAGAAAAAAAUAUUGAAAGAGCUGUAAAAGAGAAGGCAGCAAUUAGUUAUUCGGAUAGUCAGGCCGAAAAAUUUGGUUGUAAAGCUCAAGCCAUUGGAACAGGCGUUUCUAAACAAAAAAAACGCAAGGCCAAUAAGGAAGAAGAAACAAGUAAGAAGAAACGACGUAGUUUGCAAGCUCAACUAAAAGCAUGUGCCAAGUUUACCCUGUAUUAUCCACCAUCCACGCAAAUUUCUGAUGCCGUAAAUUUCCUUGAAAAAUAUUAUGACAUCACUCACUUUCAACCAGAUGGUCCAGGUGGACAGGUUUCGAAAGGCAUUGGACAACAUAACAGGAUGCUUAAAGUGUUUUUAGACAUAAAAGAAUCUACGGAUUCCAGGCAUUAUGAAAAUAAUAAAACAAACACCAGCAACGAACUCAGUGAAGCAAUUGUUAACACUUGGUGUUCAAAUGGACCAAAGUUUAUGUGGCUUGAACGAAGAGGGCAAGCUCGUGGUCGGGGCGCAAGCGUGCAUCCUUUAUUUCUUACUGGUAUUGGUGUGGGAGAUUUUAAAGAUAGAUCAACAUUCAAUGAAGAAUGGUUUCAUACGACGAAUACUGGAAGUAUGAUCAUUUUUGAACAUGACCUUAAAAACGUUACAAUUGCAUUUCAAAACCAGAACGACGGAAACGUUAUGAAAUUGGAGUUUCCUUAUAAGGAAAUGCAUGAUUGCGUCAUAGUGGAUAUGGCAAGACCUAGAUCGGGCGAUUGUACAAUAAUUAUUCCAUUAAGAAGCAUCCCAAAAGUUUUCGAGGCCGAAGGUUUUUACAACAACGAUGCUGAUGCUGACGAAGACAGUCGUUUGCUGGAGAUGUUGGAGCAAGGAGAGAUUAUGUCGGAGUCUGAUGAAGCUGACGAUGAAUCAGGCGAUGACAGCAACGAAGAAGAAAAAGGUGCUUCCAUGGCAAACACCGGAAAUGAGGGAAAUGAGAGGAAUAUGGAGCCUCAAACUGAAAUAAUUGGAAAAUUGAAACUUGUCACAAAAUGGAAACGUCUUAAUCAAAUACCGCUUGAAAAACAUACUUUUCGAUUUGGAACAUUUGGUAAUUCCAUGGCUGUGAAAAUCGUCCUUCCGCUUAAUACAAACGUUUGGGAUUUGUUGCGUACAUUGGGCUAUUACGAAAGGCGAAUAUUUUUUACUUCCAUUGAAACGAAUCAAAGAUCAAUCCACAACUUGUCUCUCAAUGUUGAAGAAAAACUAAGUCUGAAAGUUCAAUACGCUGUCGAAUGUCUGACGAGUCGGCAUCCUUCCGUCAGGCAGAGAGUCAGCCCUGCAUUUAUCCAAAAAUUGUUAAAAUCCGAGGAUAAGAAAUGUAUUGAUGCAUUAGAAAGAAUCGCUUUGCUGCUUGAUGAUGAAUAUUUCGUGGAUCCUGAAAGUACGUUGCACCAUUUAAUGGAUACCUCGACAACCCUAGGUCGUCGCAAGCUUGUUGUACCAGAGAAUUGCGUAUUCGUUCCACGUGUAGUUUUCACACCAACACGUGUAAUUUUCUUUCCACGUGAAGUGAUGGAAAAAAAUAGGGUCCUACGACAUUACAAUAAACUCGAGUUUGUCUGCCUGCAAAUUAGGGAUGAAGAUUUCUCCAGGCUGGCUGGUCACUCAGGCAAUAUUAACGAAAUUGAAAAGUUGCGACAGAUAUUAAUAAACGGACUUAAAGUUGGAGGGCGGACAUAUCAAUUCUUGGGUAGUUCUAAUAGCCAAUUACGAAGUCACAGUAGCUGGUUUGUGCUGCCAACAUUGGAAGAAGAUGCAAAUACCAUCAGAAAAUGGAUGGGAGAAUUCAGUCAUAUAAGAUGUGUUGCUACGCUAAUGGCAAGAAUGGGCCAAUGCUUUUCAACCUCAACGAAUACGGUUACUGUUAUUCCUGAAGAGACUGGAAUCGAGUAUAAAGAGAUCGAGGACGUCACAAUUUACGCAGACGAACAGACAUAUACAUUUUCAGAUGGCGUUGGACGUAUUUCAUCAAAUACUGCAAAGGAUGUUUCAAUGUUUAUUGACAAAAAGGUGCCACCAAGUGCAUUCCAAAUUCGUUUUGCUGGAUACAAGGGUGUAUUAACUAGUGAUCCAAAUAUACAAAACCUAAUACAACCCAGACCAAGUAUGGGCAAGUUUAAAUCAACACACAGGCAACUUGAAGUAUUGCAAACGUCUCGUCCACAAGCAGUAUACUUAAACCAUCAACUUAUCAUGUUAUUAUCAAAUGUUGGCGUACCGGAUGACGUCUUUAUGAAACAUCAAGAAAAAAUGCUCGAUAAACUUGCUCAAAUGAUGACAGACGAAGAAGAGGCAAAACAAAGGUUAUCUUGUGGCAUACGAACAGGAAUAAACUACAAAAACCUUAGUGAAGUUGGUGUGUAUCUAACUACCGAACCUUACUUUCGCUCUCUGCUUUGUGCACUAUACAAAGAAAAAUUGCAUGGUCUAUUAUCAAAGUCAAGAAUUUUGUUGCCUGUGAGUAAAGCACGACUUAUGAUGGGUGUCAUGGACGAAACAGGACUUCUUGAACCUGACGAAGUUUUUGUGCAGUACACUAGAAUACGUGGUGAUGGAGAUGAAGAUUUCACUGGUAAUGAAAAGACCACUCUUAAAGGAAGAGUCGUUGUUACUAGAAAUCCUUGUCUACAUCCGGGAGACAUACGACAGCUUGAGGCUGUUGAUAUACCAAAUUUGAAACAUCUUGUGGAUUGUGUGGUUUUCCCAAGCAAAGGAAGAAGACCACUUCCAAAUGAAAUGGCAGGUGGAGAUUUAGAUGGUGAUCUUUACUUUGUGUGUUGGGAUGAAGAUAUGUUACCAAAGAAACAAAAUUUUCCACCAAUGAACUACAAGGCACCAAAGAAAAAGGAAGAAUCAUGCCAAAUAACUUUGGAGCACAUGACAGACUUUAUUACUGAAUAUAUUAAACGAGAUCAGCUUGGGAUCAUCGAUAACACACAUAAAGCACAAGCGGAUUUUCAAGGAAAUGGAAUCGAGUCAGAAGUUUGUCUUCAACUGGCAGAGCUUCAUUCCUUAGCUGUUGAUGCUCCAAAAACUGGCUUAUGGCAAGAAGUUCCUGUUGGUGCACGACGGGAGUAUCCGGAUUUUAUGAUGAAGUCAGACAAACCUUCUUAUCCUUCACAGAAAAUUCUCGGAAAGCUCUAUCGAGAAUGCAAAUGUUUUCAGGAAUCCAUGAAUUUCUGCUCACCUAGUAAAGUUGGCCAUGUAAAUCCAAUUUUCCUUGUACAAGGUUUUGAAGAAUAUCUUGAGCAGGCGCAGGAUUCUUUUACAGAGUACACAGAGCAUAUUGAGAACAUUUUGAAUUUAUACGGCAUCAAAACAGAGGAAGAAUUGACGAGUGGUUGUUUUAAUCUUCAGAAAAAAUUGGGCAGAGAACGACAGCAGGUAACAGAUGUUGUCAGACGACUAAUGGCGGAGAUCCGCGUCACGUUCCGACGACAGUUCUUCACUGAAUUCUCUCGCGAUCAAGCUCCACUGGACAAUUUUGAAGUCAGCGUAGAAAUCAAAAAGGCUUCUGCAUGGUAUUACGUUGCUUACCAAAGUAAGAAAGGUUCAUAUAACGGAACAUCGUCAAAACGCUUUAUUGGCUUUCCUUGGAUUGUUGAUGAAGUCCUAGUCACUAUACCUCCCAGCAAGAAACUUUCCUUGAAGCAAAAAUCGCACCAGAAAAUGCUUUUCUCGAAACAAGCAGAAGAAUUAAUUGAAGGCUACCAGCAUCGUCUCCAGGUGAAAUCCAUCGUUGAAAGUACAAUUGUAUCAAAAAGAGGAUCUGGUAAAGUUGUCAUGUUUGGAUCUUCAGCAACACUAUUCUUUGAAGGCAAUUCAGAUAUCGACUUAUGCUUUUUGCCUGCCAAGGAACUAAUUCUUAGCAAAAAUGAAGUGAGCUUAGCCAAAAAUAUCCGUCAUUCUGAACAAGAAAAACUUUUGAAGAAACUGGAAUCUUGCCUUCGGACAAUUUACAAUGGCGUGCAUUUUGUUAAAGCGAAAGUUCCCAUUUUCAGAUUAGCUGGUCUAAAGGACAACGAGUACACAUCAAAGCUCUGUGUUGACUUCUGUGUUAAUCCAGAUGGGUUCCUUAAGGCCACAGUCGUAUCCUGUUAUAUACAUAAGAAUCCACCACUUUUGCCAUUGUUGCACAUGCUUAUAAAGUGGGCACGUGACUCUGGAUUGAUAACAAAACGUGAAGGCUCGUUUAUUAACACAAAUGUGCUUACUUUUAUGCUACUGUCAUUUUGCGUUCGUGAAGGCUGUCUGUGUGUACCGGAAGUAGAAGAUGUUGUCAUGGAAAUACAGAAAAUAACAACAGACCAGUUUACUGACGAAGAAGAGUUGGAAAUUUGGGGAAAAACACUGGAUGAGCUGUCGGGUGUGAACGUUGAAAAUGACGAAGAUAUUGACAUGGAAGUCAACUCAGAACUGAAACAACAGUACCACUUUACGCUAGGUCCCAGGAACAUUCCACUUGGUUAUGUGCUACUGGAGUUCUUUCGUAGCCAUCAGUCAAUUAUUGACUGCAAUAUUCCAAACAUCUUUAGUAGCUUGCUAAGGGCCGAGCAAUUUUCAGAUCUUCUCGGUGAGGGAGAUGCACAAUUGCUUCAUGACCAAAUGCAAAGAGCGUAUCACAUAUUAGCAUUACAUUGUGACGUCACAGUUCUUCUUGAGGUUUGCUCUUCAAAAGAACAAAUUUCAUGUCAACUCUCGGAUCAACUGUCUGCAUGGAUCGCUGGAUCUGAAAGCCAUCACUCCAAGCUAUUCUCUGAGAAAUCUGGAGCUAAAGUCCGAAUCAGACCUCGCCUUCCAGGACUCGGUACCAAUCUCCUGUUAGAGGCGUCUGGUACAUCUGUUGCAUUAAGACUCUUAGAAAACAUUCUCGACGACAAAUCAGCAAAUUUGUUGGCACAGCCAUUUUCCAGCCUUAGCAUUUGCUUUGUCACUGAAGCCAAUGUGAUGAUCUUCGAAGGUAGUCAUAGCGACAACGAUUUAGUCAAUUUGGUUCCAUAUUAUGGUCGGCAUCAUGCACAUCACGACUAUCUUAUACGUCACGUUCCCCUUUUGGCUUAUUCACCACCACGAUUAUCAAUGACAGAACCUAAUGAAAGGUGUUUUCAGAUAUUCUUUGAGAAACUUUUACGUCAGCUGGAAGUUAUCGCCCGAGACUACACUCCAGUGGUGCAUGGCAGAACGCUUCAAUUUAAUGUUCACUUUGGUCGUUUGUACACAUUUGACAUUCCCAGAGCAAUGAUAGAGGACACUGAUCCUACAACAGUUAGAACGAUUCAAAUAUCCCUAAAAAGUAAUGCAAAACGACAGCCAAAACACUCUUUUUUUACGAAUAUUCCGGAGAAUUGUGCUGACAAAAUUACAACUUAUCUUCAAACACAAGGUUUCAUGGAAGAUCCAAGUUUGUCCUCACCAUAUUAUCUUAUUAUCGUUAAUGCAGACGAUGGUAGAGAAUGCGAUAUAAUAUACGAUUCAGCUUUUAAUCCGAAGUCUAUCCGAUCUCCUAAACUGCGAUGGUUCGUGGCUGAUGUAAAACGGCUAUGGCAAGAAAGAUUUUCCAUUCCAGACGACAAUUCUGCCGAUGCAAACAUGCUGAAUGGAUCCGAAUGUGAUUUUAGAUUAAUGGUUAGAUCAUUUGAAAAUUUUCCACCGAAUGCGGUCGAGAAUUUACCACAGAAAAAGUUUCUCGAUAUUCUAAAAAGAAACACAUCAUAUCGACAGAGUAAUGUGACACAACCAGCAAGUCCCAGUCAAUCCACUGUUUCACCCUAUCCAUUCCUCAUUGAUCUUAAUUGUAAAAACAAUAUGGCAAUGAUACGUCAUCAUGUACAACAGAAGGUUUUUACGUACAACAAAGAUUAUUCAAAUAGCAACGAAUUUCUCGCGUCGACAAAAAUUAGUCUGGAUGAAAUCGUUGAGUAUUCAAGGCUUAAAGUCAACGGUCGCUUUGAAACUGUUUUCAAACGCUAUGAAAUGACUUUAGAGCCAAAAUUGCCUGUUGAUUGGAUAUCACGUCGUGAAGUGGAGACGUUUGCACGCAACAUUUGGUCACUUGCAAGUGAAAUUGCACAACAAGCUUAUCAAUAAAGAGCUGCCGAGCUAUUAGGAGAGUAAUAAUGGAAAUAGUUUUUUAAAUUAAUGAAAUAUAAAGUUUGUUUUGUUAUACCAUCA